AUGGUAUCGCUACCUACUCCUGCUUACAAUAUUUUGGAUGAAUACGUUGGGCAUGUCUAUGAACCUGCUGAAGAUACAUUCCUUCUCUUAGAUGCUCUUGAAAAGGAUGCUGAGAUAUUUCGUGCAUUAAAUCCAACGAUUGGUAUUGAAGUCGGCUGCGGUUCCGGAAUCGUAUCGGCGUUUCUUUUAAAACUUCUUGGAGAGCCUUUAUUUUUUAUUGCCACUGAUUUAGACUUUAUAACACUUCAGUGUACACUACAUACUGCUUUGCUGAAUGAUGUAGAGGUGAAUGUAGUUCAAUGUGAUUUAUUGUCUGCUGUUCAGGAUCGUUUGAAACAAAAUGUUGAUAUUAUUUUGUUCAAUCCGCCAUAUGUUCCUACAGAUUCGGAAUCCACGGAUAGUCUGGUACGCUGCUGGUCUGGUGGUUCAACCGGCCGGAAAACACUCGAACGUCUUUUACCGAUUGUCCCCGAUCUGUUGACCUCGCAUGGAUUAUUUUAUAUUGUAGCUUUACAUAGCAAUGAUAUUCCUUAUCUUCUAAAUAUUAAUCCUCGAUUGCGUGGUGAGAUUGUGUGUGAAAGACGUUGUGGAAUUGAACAUUUAUAUAUAUUAAAGUAUAAACGAUUGUAA